AUGGAUGAAGAUAAAGAAGAUUAUCAAACCAUUCUAAAUUAUGAGAUAAAUAAAUUAAUUAAUAAGGAAUGGACUUUUUUAAAUGAAAAUUGGAAUAUUUUAGUAAAUAAAUAUAAUCAUCGUACUGAAUUAAAGGAAGUUAAAAAUAAUAAUAUUAAAAUUGUUAAAGAUGUUUUAUUAAGUCAAUUAGGUUACAUACCUGUUUUUUAUUUCUUAAAUUUUAUAUAUGGUGUUUCUGAAUAUCCUGGACCAUACAAAGAAAUAGAUAAAGGAUUAUUAAUUUUGUAUCAUAUGGUAAGUGGAAAAUCAGGUAGAGAUAUGCAUGAGUUUAUGUCUUAUACAACAUAUUAUUCACUUUAUAAAAAAUUUUGGCAUUCAAAUUUUAAAAGGUUAAGUAAAAAAGUUGAUACAGAUUUAGGCAAAAUGUUUUCAAAUAUAAGAAUUAGAAUAUUAUCUUCAUUAAUAAAUAACCCAACAUCUUUUAAAAAUGUAACAUUAUAUAUCGAUGGUCACGAUGGAAAAAUAAAAUAUUAUGAUCCCGAUACUAAAACAAUGGAUAUAAAGUCUUAUAAAUUAGAUGGUCCUGGUUUAAGGACACAAAUUGUUACUGAUAGUAAUCAAAUGAUAUUAUAUGUAUCUAAAAGUGAAAAAUGUGGAAAGGGUAGUGAUGGAACAAUGUUUUUGGAUAUGAAAUUAUAUAAUAAAAUUCAUAUAGGAGACUGUAUUGCUAUGGAUGGAGGUUAUAACUUAUACAUAAAUAAACUUAAAGAAGAUAGUUUAAAUUCAGGAAAAGAAUUUUCUGACAAAAAUUUUGUAUAUCCUAUAAGAAAAUAA